UACUUGGUAAGGGGCCUGCACGGGCACAGCCCCCCCACCCCCCCGCUGACUCCACACACACCCCGGCCACCCAGCCACUGGCCAAUGGGCUGCUGGGAAGAUCAAAUGUCACUAUAACACGAGGGUGUGAGCCGGGCGCCAGUGCCUGCAGCCGGUCCUGUCCACAGGGAGCUCCAGCCCUUCUCACACUCAACCCGCAGAAACCACCCACCUUCACCAUGUCUGACGAGGAAGUUGAACAGGUGGAGGAGCAGUACGAAGAAGAAGAGGAAGCCCAGGAGGAAGCUGCAGAAGUCCAUGAGGAAGUUCAUGAACCAGAGGAGAAACCAAGACCCAAACUCACUGCUCCUAAGAUCCCAGAAGGGGAGAAAGUGGACUUCGAUGACAUCCAGAAGAAGCGUCAGAACAAAGACCUAAUGGAGCUCCAGGCCCUCAUCGACAGCCACUUUGAAGCCCGGAAGAAGGAGGAGGAGGAGCUGGUCGCCCUCAAGGAGAGAAUUGAGAAGCGCCGUGCGGAGAGAGCGGAGCAGCAGAGGAUUCGUGCAGAGAAGGAGAGGGAGCGCCAGAACAGACUGGCGGAGGAAAAGGCCAGAAGAGAGGAGGAGGAUGCCAAGAGGAGGGCAGAGGACGACCUGAAGAAGAAGAAAGCUCUGUCUUCCAUGGGAGCCAACUACAGCAGCUACCUGGCCAAGGCUGACCAGAAGAGAGGCAAGAAGCAGACGGCCCGCGAAAUGAAGAAGAAGAUUCUUGCUGAGAGACGCAAGCCGCUCAACAUUGACCACCUCAGUGAAGAUAAACUGAGGGACAAAGCUAAGGAGCUCUGGGAGACCCUGCACCAGCUGGAGACCGACAAGUUCGAGUAUGGGGAGAAGUUGAAACGCCAGAAAUAUGAUAUCACCACGCUCAGAAGCCGCAUCGACCAGGCCCAGAAGCACAGCAAGAAGGCUGGGACCCCAGCCAAGGGCAAAGUCGGCGGGCGCUGGAAGUAGAGAGGACAGAAAGGCCCCUCGAGGCAGAGACCCUCCGCCCUCGUGCCCACCAGGGCCGCCCGUGGGACUCCACAUCCUCCAGCCCCCACAGUCCUGUCAGGGGCUCCCUGACAAUCCUGGGGGUGAAAAGGCCAUCCCAGGGCAUCCCUCACAUCUCUGUCCUUGCUGCCUCUAUCCCCUGGGGCCUGUGAAUAAAGCCGCAGACCCCCUUC